CACACACACACACACACACACACACACACACACACACACACACACACACACACACACACUGUCUAAUAGGUCUGGUCAUCAAAUUGAGUGCUUUAUUGAGGGUAAAUCAAGUAAGCUUGUUGAGAAAAGGUAAUAUCAGAUCAUAUGUGAUCAACCUUUUGUUGAGCUGACAGGAGAAAUUCCAUAAUGUUCUAUUAAUAUGUUACAUUUUUAAAGUUUUCAGUCCAAAUAUAAAGCAAAUUAAAAACCUAAUAAUCACUUAAUAAUGAGCCAAUGAGUAAAUAGCUUGUUUAAAUAAAAAUUAAGCAAACACCAUUCCAGUCAACAAUCAUACAGUCAUUCAACUGACUAACUAAUAAUCCAGUCAAUAUAUUAUUUAAUCAAUCAAAGAAUUAAUUAAUCAAUUAUUCAACUGACCAAACAACCCAUCAGUCAGUUAGUUAACCAACCAAAAACCCAACCAAUCAAUCAACCAAUCAAUCAAGCAAUCAAUCAAUUUUCCAACCCGGCUAACCAACAGUCACCAUGUUUACGAUGUUUUGUGCAGAUAUUAUUGCACACCAAUGAAAUCAAGUCAGAUCUGAAAAUGUACAAACAAAAAUCAAUCAUUUAUAUGAGCUACCAAACACAUAGCAAUAAUAUAUUAAUAGGAGCAAGUAGCAAAUUAUUAGUUGGUUAUUUAAUUUUAAAAUUAUAAAGGUUUAGUAUGUCGACUUUAGCAUACGUAUUUUCUAGCAUGCUAGGGGUCGCUCAGGUUCUAGUAUAUCUAAACAAACUUUCAGAACAAUGGAUGCUUCAGGAACACAGAUUUAAGUAUUGGAUUUCUGCUUAUUCUUUCCUGUGAAUGUGCAGAAAACCACACCCUUUAAGUGCAGGGUAUAAAAUCAGUGUUAAUACCACAUGCAGACUCAUUUCUGAAACUAUUCUAUUAAGCACUGAUUCCAAUCUUUCAGUAAAAAUGGUAUCCCAAGGACUCCAGAUCCUGGGCGUUAUGCUGUCUAUGACAGGAUGGCUGGGGACGAUCAUCACCUGCGCUCUGCCAAUGUGGAGGGUGACGGCUUUCAUUGGAGCAAACAUUGUCACAGCGCAAGUCAUCUGGGAGGGUUUAUGGAUGAACUGUGUGGUUCAGAGCACUGGACAAAUGCAGUGUAAGGUCUAUGACUCCCUGCUGGCCCUUCCACAAGACCUUCAAGCAGCCCGAGCCAUGGUCAUCAUCUCCAUCAUAGUGGGCAUUUUUGGUGUGCUAAUGGCUGUGAUUGGAGGAAAGUGCACCAACUGCAUGGAGGAUGAAUCAGCAAAAGCUAAAGCCUGUAUUGUCUCUGGGGUGAUCUUUCUCAUUGCUGCCUUCCUCAUCCUCAUUCCUGUCAGCUGGUCUGCUCAGACCCUCAUCAGGGACUUCUACAACCCCCUGGUGUUAGAAGCCCAGCGUCGAGAGUUAGGAGCUUCUCUGUAUAUUGGCUGGGGAUCUUCAGCUCUUCUGUUGCUGGGGGGAGGACUGCUUUGCUGGAAUUGCCCCCCAAAGGAGAACCAGACUUAUACAGCAGCCAAAUUUGCUCUUGCUAGAUCAUCCCCAGGGAUGAAUUAUGUGUAAGCAGCAUGGUGCAUGUUUCCAUGAGAACUAUAAACAAAAGUGGAUUCAUCUACUGUGUUAACUAUUUCUCCGGAAAGGCAUGUAUUCGAUUACAUAUGUUUAACUAUUACAUGAUUGUAGAAAUUCUAAUCAUGACAUGGAUGCAUGGAUGAAUAAAUGAAAAUGAACAAAUUCUGUA